CUCAAUUGGCCAGAUUCUCAAGAUGGCGGCCCACAUGGCAAACCAAAUUCGCGUUCUCUGCAAACAAGUUAACGUGUUAACGUUGUUAAAAAGGAACUGCGAUACAGGUUUUUCUAAAAGUUAUUCACCUCGAGCAUUAUCAAGUAUUUCAGGGUCAGUCUUUGAUGGAAAUAAAACCAGCAACCAGUUUUCUGCUCCAGCCUUGACAUCAAGAGGAUUCCAAACAGAUCCUGAUAUCCGAGACGACGAUAAAAUACAGGAAGAACAGCCGUGUCCUGACCAUCCACUACCAAAUAUUGAGGAUCCCUUCAAGGAACCAGUCGAGCAAUGUAUCUUAUGCAAACACAAAGUACCGGUCUCUUACAAGAAUGUGCAGCUGCUGUCCCAGUUUAUCUCUCCAAACAACGGCCGGCUUUACGGCCGUUACAUCACCAAGCUUUGCAGUUACCAACAGAGGCGGGUCACUAAGGCCGUCAAACGGGCCAGAAGAAUGGGUUUCAUGCCAUUCAUGUACAGAGAGACCGUCUUUCUCAAAGACCCCAAUUUGUUUGACAUCAAAUACACGGGCAACGUGGAAAUAGCCAUGAAGGAGCCGUCCAACCUUGUUGAACCUGAGACAGAGGAAGAACCUCAAGACAAAACUCCAGACAAGUAACAUUUUUGUACGAGUGUAAAUUUGUAACCCAAGAGUGCCCAGGAUUAUUUUACCAGUCUCACGUGCAACGUGUAUUGCAUUGUGUGCGUGAACUACAGAGGGCGCCCUUUGGCCUACUGAGGAUUGCCAGGAGUAAUUGCUUAUGUGUACAUGUCACCAGCACGUAUUGACAAGCUUGUGGUGUUCCAAUUAACAGAAUUUCGCAUUUGUUCUGCUUAAGAGCCCUGAUGUACAUAGAGU